UGUGUGAUUUGCAAUGGUGUUGCUAUCCUUGUCUAUCGUACAACAAAGCAGAUGGCUCUAUCUCUCUCAUGCAUUGUGAUGUUGCCACAUUGUUCAUCAACAAUGUAGAAAUUCAACUAAUUGACAAAAUAUGUCAUAAUAUGAAGUUAUCGAUACUGUAAUAUUGAUAGUCGAUGUAUUGAUUGAGAGUUGUAACAAGUCGAUACUCCUACUUCUUCAACAUGAUCAUGAGUUGUAUAGUUGUAUUAAUUUUGCUUCGUGCAUAAUAUUCAUUAAUAAAUACUUUGUGUAUAAACUUUGUGUUUGAUUAAUAAUGAACCAACAAAAAUAACAUGGCGCAGUCGGUAGUGAAAGUACCGGUAUUGGUUGUGAAAGGUAGUCCAGAAAUAUCUUAAAUCUUAGUGAUGGAAACCUUCUCAGCAGUUAACCUCAAAGCUCAACACGUUUCAGUUUGGAUCUUCAAUUUGUAAAAACCUAUUCUAUUUGAACUUAGUGUGAAAUUUCUCAGUCAUGGAAUCGCUAAAACCGCCAAAACAAUUUAGUUUCCAAGGAAACUUAUCAGAAAAUUGGAAAAUGUGGAAACAACAAUUUCUACUGUACCUAGGCUACAUGAUAGCAAGUGGUGGGGAUGACAAAGAUGAACCUGUUAAAAUCGCGAUCUUAAGGCUGGUCCAGACGCUCCAUUUUGCACAUCGUUUUGUCUCCGCAUUUCAAGACAUUGCAGACAAAACAUUGCGUGUGGACCGGAAAACUGCGCAGUUUUGAGUCCGUCGGGAGGACUGCACAGUUGCAGCGAUAACUGAGCUCGUGAGCUCUGAAAACCGUGACCUGUGCAGACAUGUCAUUGCGUGUGGACACUUACUCUGUUUUCCAAUCCGUUUUGUUCCUCAGUUUUCUCUAAUCAUCCGACCAUGGCAGAUCUUCGGCAAUGUUCUCGCGAGUUUUUGAUGGAUUUUAUUUCACUUUAUGAAAGUUUUCCGUGCAUUUGGCGUGUUAAAUCCAAAGAGUACAGUGACAGGGACAAAAAGGGGGAAGCAUACGAGAGAUUGGUUGAAAAGUUCAAAGAAAUAGAUGUCAACGCGAGCAGGGAGACAGUGGUGAAGAAAAUCAAUUCUUUGAGAAGCGUUUAUCGCAAAGAAUUGGCAAAGGUAAACAAAUCGAUUCGAUCUGGGGCUGGAGAAGACGAAAUUUGCAAGCCAUCUCUGUGGUAUUUCGAUUUGCUGCAUUUUCUCAAUGAUCAGGAGACACAAGGCCGUCGAGGAAUACCAUGGACGAAAGUGAAGAGUCUGUAAACUGCGACGAAUCAUCACAACUAGUGGAAGACGAUGUGCAAGAAACUGUUAUUGACAGUGGGCCCAGUGAAGCUGCUACUACCCCUGCUACUCCUGCUUCCGAAGCAUCUAUGAGUACUUCCCAUUCUGUCAAUACCUCGCGCAAGUUAACUCGUAACAAGAGGAAGGCUGUUGGGAAUGAUGAUGGCACAACUGAAGUCCUGCAGGUGAUAGGGAAGAAACUGGAAUCGCUACAGGCAGAUGAUGCAUUUCAGGUAUUUGGAAAACAUGUGGCUAAUAAACUCAGAGAAGUCCCGAAUUCACAAAACAUAAUUGCUCAGAAACUAAUUUCCGACGUUUUAUUCAAAGCUGAGUUGGGUACGCUUACCAGAAAUUUUCGACUUGUUGACAUGAAAAGCCAGCUACAAGAUGAUUUUGGUUCAAUGAAUGCCACGAAUUAUUGGCCUCAACAGAAUACGCCACAUCAAAUCAGAAUGCAACAAAAUCUUUCUUCACAAGUUGGACAAUACCACUCCUUCUCGCAGCAGCCGCAGCCUAUGCCACAUAACUACGCCCCAGAACAAAUACCUCACACUCAGGAGUAUGAAACAAUUGGGAAAAUUUCGGCAGUUUCAUUUAUCAUCCCACAGCAAGGUGAACAAGAUGUACAGACACGCGCCCACCAAGCCCCUACCCAAUCUCCCGUUGGAACCUACUUGUCAUCAUUUCAACCAAACUGAAGUAUUCUUGCGUGCAUUUCUAUUGCUUACCAUAAUAACUUUUCUACAAUAAUAAAGGUUAUAAUGUUCAAUUAAAUAAUAAAUAGUUUAUGGAAAAUAACAAUAUUUCUUACCUUCAAGUAAUCCUUCUUCAGCACCUUGUAGA